AACCACACAUCUUAAAAUCAAAUUUACAGAUAAUCCAAUGAACUCACCUUAACAUUGGUUACCAAGAGAAGAGACAAACACAGAACAAUGUCUCGUAGUUAUGCACAUAUCCACAGUUGUUGAACUCUAACACAACUUCAAAAAUGGAGUCUUUGAAAUCCUCGUUCCUCUUCUCCACACCACUACUACCACCACAUUCACAACCCCACAAAACAAACACAAAGAAGAGCAAAAACCACAACAAACCCAUUAUUCCAAUUUACAGUUACACCCCAUCAGACAAAGUACACCGUGACCCAUGGUCUCCCCACACCGGCGACCCAACAAAACCAAAACCUCGUCACAAGCACCCCAAAAAGCCUCUCUCCGACGACAACGCACGCCGCAUAAUCAAAGGUAAAGCUCUAUAUCUCAGUGCUCUAAGGAGAAACCAAGGUCCACAAGCUCAAACACCUCGUUGGAUUAAGAGAACUCCUGAACAAAUGGUUCAGUAUUUGCAAGAUGAUCGUCAUGGUGAGUUGUAUGGUAAACAUGUAGUUGCUGCAAUUAAGAAAGUUCGUGCUCUUUCUGAGGUUUCUGAUGGGGCUUAUGAUAUGAGGAUGGUUAUGGGUUCUUUUGUUGGGAAACUUACUUUUAAGGAGAUGUGUGUUGUUCUUAAGGAGCAAAAAGGGUGGAGACAAGUUAGAGAUUUUUUUGAUUGGAUGAAAUUGCAGCUGAGCUACCAUCCGAGUGUUAUUGUCUACACGAUUGUGCUGCGCUUAUAUGGACAAGUUGGGAAGCUUAAUAUGGCUGAAGAGAUCUUCUUGGAGAUGCUCGAAGCUGGUUGUGAACCAGAUGAAGUGGCUUGUGGUACCAUGCUCUGUUCUUAUGCAAGAUGGGGGCGUCAUAAGUCCAUGUUGUCUUUUUAUUCGGCCGUGAAAGAAAGGGGAUUAAUUCUUUCUGUUGCUGUCUUCAACUUUAUGUUAUCUUCUUUGCAAAAGAAAUCACUCCAUAAAGAGGUUGUUCACGUGUGGAGGGAUAUGGUGAUAAAAGGGGUGGUGCCGAAUGAUUUUACUUACACCGUAGUCAUUAUUUCUCUUGUCAAAGAAGGGCUACACGAAGAUGCUUUCAAGACUUUUGAUGAAAUGAAGAAUAAAGGAUUUGUCCCUGAGGAAUUAACUUAUAACAUGCUUAUAAAUUUAAAUGCUAAAAAUGGAAACAGAGAUGAAGUGCAACGACUGUAUGAAGAUAUGAGGUUUCGUAGAGUAGCUCCUAGUAAUUACACUUGUGCUACACUUAUAUCUUUGUAUUACAAAUAUGAGGACUACCCUAGAGUCCUCUCUCUCUUUAAGGAAAUGGCAAGAAACAAAAUUCCAGCUGAUGAAGUUAUAUACGGUUUGCUUAUAAGAACUUAUGGAAAGCUUGGUUUAUACGAGGAUGCUUGCAAAACAUUUGAAAAGAUAAAGCAUCAGGGCCUACUCACCAAUGAGAAAACACAUUUGGCAAUGGCACAAGUCCAUCUUUCUUCAGGAAAUGUAGACAAAGCUUUGGAAGUCAUUGGACUCAUGAAGUCUAAAAACAUAUUGUUCUCUCGGUUUGCUUAUAUUGUCUUGUUACAAUGCUAUGUGACGAAAGAAAAUGCAGUAGCUACUGAAGGAACAUUUUUAGCUCUUUGUAAGACAGGACUGCCUGAUGCUGGUUCUUGUAAUGAUGUGCUCAAUCUGUAUGUGAGACUUAAUUUGAUGGACAAAGCAAAGGAAUUUAUCGUUCGAAUAAGGGACAACGGGACAAAUUUUGAUGAGGAGCUUUACAGGACAGUUAUGAUGAUUUGUUGCAAGGAGGGAAUGCUUCUAGAAGCUAAGCACCUGACAAAUCAAAUGGUUAAGAAUGAAUCUUUUAAAAAUUGCAAAUUCUUCCAGACAUUUUAUUGGAUUCUUUGUGAACAUAAGGAGGAUGUGCAAAUUGAUGAUAAACUCGUCACCAUUAAGCCCACUGACAAACUUGAUACUACAGCUCUUGGCAUGAUGCUCCAAGUAUAUCUGACAAAUAACAACGUCAGUAAGACAAGAAUGUUGGUGAAACUAUUGCUGGGUUGUGCAGGGGGAUCAAAAAUUGUUAAUCAGCUCAUCACAAGUUUGACUAAAGAUGGAGAAAUCGGCAAAGCAGAAUCACUCAACCAUCAAUUGAUUACGCUUGGCUGCAGAAUGGAAGAAGUCUCGGCAGCUUCUUUAAUUAGCCAUUAUGGGAAACAGCAUAUGCUGAAACAAGCUGAAGAUAUUUUUGCAGAAUAUGUAAAUUCUCCAACCUCUAGUAAACUAGUGUAUAACUGUAUGAUUGACGCAUAUACCAAAUGCGGCAAACAAGAAAAAGCAUAUUUGCUAUAUAAGCAAGCAACAGAAGAAGGACGUGAUUUGGGUCCUGUUGGUCUUAGCAUCGUUGUAAAUGCUUUAACAAAUGAAGGGAAACAUCGGGAGGCUGAGAAUAUUAUCUCCCGGAGUCUAGAAGAAAACUUGAAACUUGAUACUGUGGCUUACAAUACCUUUAUCAAAUCCAUGCUUAAAGCAGGAAAAUUGCAUGUCGCAUCUAGUAUUUUUGAGCGGAUGUGUUCCUCUGGUGUUGCCCCAUCAAUUCAAACAUAUAACACAAUGAUAAGUGUCUAUGGAAAAGAUCAAAAGUUGGAUAGAGCUGUGGAGAUGCUCAACAAAGCUCGCUCAUUGGAUGUCCGUUUGGAUGAAAGAGCAUGCAUGAAUUUGAUAAGCUAUUAUGGAAAAGCUGGUAUGAUACAUGAAGCUUCACAGUUGUUUAGUGAAAUGCAGGAAGAAGGGAUUAAACCUGGAAAGAUUAGCUAUGAUAUUAUGAUCAAUGUAUAUGCAAAUGCUGGAGUUCAUCAUGAAGUAGAGAAACUUUUCCAGGCCAUGGAGAGACAAGGUUGUUUGCCUGACUCUUCCAUGUAUCUAUCGCUAGUCCAAGCAUAUACAGAGAGCCUAAAUUACUCUAAAGCUGAGGAAACCAUACAUGCUAUGCAGAGCAAGGGUAUUUCACCAUCCUGUGCCCAUUUUAUUAUUUUACUCAAUGCAUUAAUAAAAGCUGGGCUGAUUGAUGAAGCCAAGAGGGUAUAUGAGGGGAUAUCAACUUUCGAUGUAACUCCGGAUCUCAUAUGUUACCGAAUAAUUAUGAAAGGUUACCUGAAAUAUGGACGUGUGGAAGAAGGAAUCAACUUUUAUGAAAGUAUAUGCAACUGCAAGUUAACAAAAGGGGAUGAUUUUGUCUUGAGUGUAGCUGUGCAUUUAUAUAAAUCUGCAGGAAUGGAAAGCCAUGCUAAAGAAAUAUUGAGUUCAAUGAACAAGAUGAGGAUUCCUUUCCUCAGGAAACUGGAAGUUGGAUCGGGAGAGAAAGUGAAAGUUCCUUGAGAUAUAAACUACUUCAGAAAUGCAUGUAUCUUUGAGAAGCAAUAUGAUACAGAGAAGGUUUGGAUAUGACCAUGGAGCUUGAAUAUAACUUAAUCAUCCUAUGACGGGACCCUGAUUAUAUAUAGCUGCAUAUACUGAUGACAAUGACGAUUGACAAAUUUGAACUAUUAGUUCAAAAUGUACUUUUGCAGCACUUUUUGUUGGAGGAUAACUGUAUAUUGAGUCAACGAGUUCUGUAUUUGCCAAGAAAGUCUUUGCUCAAUACUUCCCAACUAAAAGAAGUUAAAACAAGGAGAAACAUGUGCAACUAUCAUCACAAUAUGAAUUCACAGGAGUUUAGUGAGGUUAAUUGUAAACAUAUGGGGUUCAUGACUGACUUUUUGGCUUCAACGUUGUCUCAGGUACAUGAAUCUCCCCGUGCUUCAAACAAUGUAUAGAAUCAUGAAUGAAUUUGAUUUGCAGAUUAUAUGUAAUUGUUGCCCUUAAUUGUACAUGAAUGGCCACUGCAAUAGUACGUAUUGAAUUGUACCCUUUGUUCUGUUUGAUUUGAGUGGCCAGUUAUGUAAUAGAAACUGAAAAUCUCAGUGACAGAGGAUAAAUUAUAACAUGUACAGAUUUAUAUAUUCAUUGAAAUUUGAUGAA